UCUCUGGUCUAGGGGAGGGGUUUCUUUACGUUUGGUCAGGUAUAAAAGAAAAGGGUUAAACCAGGUAGAGCAGCAGAACAGGAGCAAGAGUAACUACUCACUUGCAGGCAACAUGAGCAACACUGGCAUGAGCAUGAGGGGCAAGAUCAUCUUCUACGAGGACAGGAACUUCCAGGGUCGCUCCUAUGAGUGCAUGAGCGACUGCUCCGACAUGACCUCCUACCUGAGCAGGUGUCACUCCUGCAGGGUGGAGAGCGGCUGCUUCAUGGUCUAUGACCGCCCCAACUACAUGGGAAACCAGUAUUUCAUGAGGAGGGGCGAGUACGCUGACUACAUGAGCAUGAUGGGCAUGUCAGACUGCAUCAGGUCUUGCCGUAUGAUCCCCAUGUACAGAGGCCAGUUCAGGAUGAGGAUCUAUGAGAGGGAGAACUUCGGUGGUCAGAUGUACGAGCUGAUGGACGACUGCGACAGCAUCAUGGACCGCUACCGCAUGUCCGACUGCAUGUCCUGCCACGUGAUGGAUGGCCACUGGCUGAUGUACGAGCAGGCCCACUACAGAGGCAGGAUGAUGUACCUGAGGCCCGGAGAGUACAGGAGCUUCAGGGAGAUGGGCAUGAGUGGGAUGAGGUUCAUGAGCAUGAGGCGCAUCAUGGAUUCCUGUUACUAAAUGUUCACUGUUCAAUGCCACUAAAUAAAAUAAUUUUACAGUA